UUCGCACAUAUAUACUGCUCUUCAAAUCGGAAUCACUGACUUCUAUUUUGCAUUAAACCUCACUUCCUUCCCUCCCUCUCGUAUUUCAAUCCGACACAAAUUCAAGCUCUCUCCCGUUUUUUCCCGGUCUGUCCUAUCAUUUCUUCGCCAAUCACCAAUUCAUUGUCUCAAUCUUCAUCGGUUUUUCUUUUUCUCCGAUUGCUCCCUCUAACCUCUCAUGAAUAUUUUCCCUGAUGAGAAAAAAAAUCCACACCUUCAGCUCCAAAACUCAGGCCUUGCUGUGCUCUGUUUUGCAAUUUAUUGUCUAGCUUAGAUUGUCACCAUGAUUCUCCCCAACCCAUUUUUCCUGUUCAUUCUUAUCAUGUUUUUGUUGUAUAUGACUCGUGUGGCUUUGUUUAAAACUGGUUUGAUGUACACCGUAAAGAAAUGUUGGAGAAUCAUUGAAGAUAGUUUUUAUGUUUACCAGUACUUCAGAGUCCCAGAACUAUACGAAGACAUGCUGGAGAAUCCGCUUUACAGGAAGGUCUCUCUGUAUCUGCAUUCUUUGCCUUCCCUUGAAGAUUCCGAUUUUACCAACUUGAUCACGGGGAAGAAGAACAAUGAUAUCGUUCUCUGCCUUGGCCCAAAACAAACCGUCGAGGACACUUUUCUCGGAGCUCGAGUUUUUUGGCUCAAUGAAGGAGACGAGAAGUCCGAGUCAAACCGUAACAGAGCGUUCAUCCUGAAGAUCAGGAAAGCUGACAAGCGCCGAAUCCUCCGCCCUUAUCUUCAGCACAUCCACACCAUCGCUGACGAAAUCGAGCAACAGGGAAAACGUGGUUUGAGGCUGUUCAUGAUCACCGACCCUAUUGGCGGCGGGAAAGGACGGUGGAGAUCCGUCCCGUUCACGCAUCCCUCAACUUUCGACACCAUCACCAUGGAAUGCGACCUCAAAAACAAGGUGAAAUCCGAUCUCGAAUCGUUCCUCAAGGCAAAGCAAUACUACAACCGACUCGGCCGCGUCUGGAAACGGAGCUUUCUCCUGUACGGCCCCUCAGGCACCGGGAAAUCGAGUUUUGUCGCCGCGAUGGCCAAUUUUCUCUGCUACGACGUGUACGAUAUGGAUCUCUCGAAAGUCCCGAGCGAUUCGCACCUGAAAUCCAUGCUGCUCCAGACGACUGCAAAAUCAAUCAUCGUCGUCGAAGACCUCGAUCGGUUUCUUGUCGAGAAAUCCAAGGCCGUGAGCUUAUCGGGGAUUCUGAACUUCAUGGAUGGGAUUCUGACUUCGUGCUGUGCCCAGGAGAUGAUCAUGGUGUUCACGAUGAACAACAAGGAGCACGUGGAUCCAGAUGUGCUCCGUCCGGGGCGGGUCGACGUCCACAUCCGGUUUAGCCUGUGUGAUUUCCCCGCGUUCAAGACGCUAGCAAGUAGCUAUUUGGGGUUGAAGGACCACAAGCUAUUCCCUCAAGUGGAGGAGAUGUUCCAGAAGGGGGCGAGUCUGAGCGCGGCGGAAAUCGGCGAGUUGAUGAUCGCGAAUCGCAGCUCACCGAGUCGGGCGAUAAAAUCGGUCAUCAGCGCCCUGCAAACGGAUGGCGAUGGGAGGGGGCGCGGCGGGAAGAUCGGGCGACAGUUAGUGGACGUAAUGGACGAGCCGGAUGGAGUUCUGUGCGGAGAUGGUUUCCAUACGGUUAAGGAUUUGCGAAAACUGUACGGUUUUUUUAGAUCAAAGAACCACAAGAAAUCUCAACCGUUGUUGCUAAGGCGAUGAUGGGCCGGGGCACAGUAGUGAACAGGCGUCAGUUAACAAUAGGCUUAGAAGUAUAAACUGGCAUCAGUGUAAUUGUGGAGGGGUUAGGAAGGCAAAGGCAAGGAAGCUGUUUUUUUUUUUUUGUUGAUAAUUAAAUUACAUUGUUGGUUGGAUGUAAAUUGAUCCCUCAUUAAAUGUGUUAUUAAAGCACUGUAGAUCAUGAUUCAUACUUCAGCUCAACAAGGAAAAAAAAAAAAUCCAUAAUUCACACUUGAGCACAUGCGUCAAAUAUUUGACUUCUUCAAAUUGAGCUAAAUCUGAUCUUAGUGCUGUAUAUAUUGGAAAGCCAUGAUUC